AUGUUAAGAAGACUUGGUGAUGUCAAGUUGAUACGGAGAAUCUCCAACGUACCGUUUCAUGAUGAUCUAACUGCCGCCGAUGAUGACUUAUUUGGACUCGAAGACUUUAAACAUUAUAAGGAAAGUCCUGAAAUGACUCGAAAAAGACUUCAACUCGAAGAUUCUUUGCAGCCACGCCAACCUGAACAGGUAAAGUCCACAUCUUCCCUCGAACUGGCAGCUUUACGUAAAGAGCCAAUGAUAUUCAUUUCUAAACUAACAGACCCUUACCUUAACCUUGCUAUUGAAGAUUAUGUGUAUAAUAAAAUGGCUCCUGAACCACAAAACAAUAGAUUGAUGUUUUAUGUCAAUAAACCAUGUGUGGUUAUUGGGAAAAACCAGAACCCAUGGAAAGAGGUCAACCUUCCCUUACUUAAUUCCUUGCAUAUACCGAUGCUCAGAAGACGGUCCGGUGGAGGAACGGUUGUUCAUGAUUCGGGGAAUGUGAAUUUCUCGUUCAUGACCACCAAGAGUGAAUUUAGUCGAUUCAAAUUCGUCAAUUUGGUGGUAGAUGCCAUCAAUAACUGGGGGAAAUGUAAGUACCAGUUGGAAGUAAGUAGCCGUGGAGAUAUCACCACUGUCACCCAACCAGAUGGUAUCAAUUACAAGAUUAGUGGAUCUGCCUAUAAAUUAUCCAGAGGUAAAUCUUACCACCAUGGGACGAUGUUGCUCAACCUGAGAUUAGAUAUUUUGGGGAAGUUAUUGAGUAAUUCACCAGAGAAGAACGGUAUCGUUAGUGAUACCAUCUCGAUCGAUUCUGUUAGAUCAAAAGUCGCCAAUAUUGAGAUACAAAGUGAUGAAUUCAAAGCAUUGGUUUCUGAAGCUUUCAAACAGCAGUAUGGAGUCAAAGCACAACUAAAUAAAGAAGAAAAGCUACAAAACUCGUUAUUGGGAUUGGAAGAUUUCAUGGAAGCCAAAGAAGUAGAGAUCUUCACCAUUGAGAAAAAUACUGAAAUCAAUGAAGAGAUCCUUACCACGGCAGAAGAGUUGAAAAAUUGGAAUUGGAAGUUCGGAAAUACUCCUAAAUUUACUCAUCAGUUCACCAAUGACAAGUAUGACCUUAAGGUCAAAUUCAUCAUUGGUAAAAAUGCAAUUGUUGAAGAUUUUGAACUUGAGCUUCCAUCCUCGAGUUCCCACUCCGAAAUCAAGGCCAGCUUUGAUUUCCUUAGGUACGCUAUAGAUCAGAACGAACUCAAACCUGCUGAAGAGAGAUUAAAAUACAAAGGGAGUGAUAUUGCUGGAUUCAUCACUCAUGACGAAAUUAGUGACUGGAUAGGUGAAUCUAUUGAUGGUACUAUAUAG